CGACAACUCUUCUCACUCCGACCUCACCUCGAUGCCCAAACCUCACGCACCACAACCACAACCCCACGCGCACGGCACAUCGCGCUGGGCACACCUCGCCGCUACGGCCGACGACCGCACGCGCACGCCGGAGCUAUCGCACGACACGAUGGACGUGGACGCGGGCACGUCGCUCGACGCCUUGAUCGCAAUGUAUCGCGAGCAGGUCGGCGCAUACCCCUCAACCCUCGACACCCUCACAGCCCUCGACUGGCCCCUCGCGCGCCGCAACGAGCCGUACGCGCACGCCGUGCUCUACUACUACAUGGACAGCAAGGUGCGCAUGGGCUUUGGUCCCGGCGCGAUCGCGGCGCAGCUCGUGCAGAUGGAGCACAUUGCGCCGCAACACGCAAAGCUGCUCGAUGCCGUGCGGGCAAAGUAUGGCCUUGAGGCGCCGCCUGCUGUCGAGGAGGGGUGGGACGACAAGGCGGAUAAGUGGUUGGCGUCGAGGCUGGGUGGGACGACGUUGUAGCGUCCGAGGGCGAGCGCAGCGGGCCCGAGUCGUACCCGAGUCGGCUGGGGACUAGGUCGCAGCGCAUCGGCUGUGGGGAGGGCAGCUGUGAGGAGGGCAGUGCAGCAAGAACAGAAG